AUGUGGAGAGGGCCGCGUGAGGAGUACGCGGACGAGUUCGAAAGCCUGUGCGCUUUGGAGGAGCGGGCGCAAAAGGAACUGUGCGUUUUAGAAAAGCUCAUUGAAAGGACAAAGGGCAACAUAGAACAGCUAAAUGAUUAUAUAGACCGAAAAUACAACGAAAUAAAAACCCUAGCAAGUAAAAAGCCAACAAGGAUCAAUUGGGAAAAGGCACAAGGGAGAACACACAUGUCCAUGUUUUACCAAAAGGAACAUGGAUUUGCUCCAUCCAAUGAAGACGCUUUAAAAAUUACAGAAUUUCAAAUGAGUAUGUCAAAUUACCGCAAAAAAUAUGAAUAUAAAAAAAGCGAAUGGACGAAAAAAGAAAUUGAUCUUUUGUUUGAGGUGGUGGAGAAAACUUGCAAAAGAUAUGCCACUCGAUAUUUAGUCGAUCCAAACUUACCCUACGAUCUCAAAGUGCAAAAGAGAAAAGAGAUCGAAGAUAGUAAGGACGUAAAGAAUUUACUCUCCAAAAUUAAAUUACAUUUUGAUUCAUGUCAGAGGUUGUUCACAGGAGGGGGAGUUACAGAUGUCCCUUCAGGAGUACAUCCAGAUGGAAUAACAAAUUUUGCUGAAUUUUCAAACCAUUUUUGGAACGAAGUGGCAGCAAAUUUAACCAACACACAGACGGCAAGAGAGUGCCAAAAGACGUGGCUCUACCACUGUUGCUUUGAAGAUCCCAAACAAAAAAAAUGGAACGAUGAAGAAAAAGAAAAACUAUUAAGCUUGUGUAAAAAGUAUCAAACAAGAGAGUGGACUAGUGUAGCUAGAGAAUUAAAUACAAAUAGAAGUCCCUUGUCCUGUUUUAUGGAAUUUAUAAAGUUAACAAAAAUGUAUGAAGAUUAUAAGGACAAGGUCAAACUUGAAAGAAUAGGGUUUAACCUUUUGGAGGAUAUACAAUUGCAGAUAUUGGUCUCUAUCCUUGGUGACAAAAAUUGGAAUGAAGUGAAACUCCACAUGGAGAAUCUCAACUCUAAUAUGAAGCGCGUUCAAAUGAGGAGAAGUGGUUUCAACCCUUGUGGAGGGGAAAAAGACAAACGAGUCAAGAAAAAACUCAAUGACGAAAUAUCCUACAAGAGGAGGUAUCUGCGUUUGGUGCGCGGGAGACGCGAUCCGCACUGA